AAAGGUGCCUUUUUAGGUGACGAAGUAUUGAAGCUUCAAAAUCCCUUAUAAAUAGUAUUAAGCAAACCAAGCUUCUCUGAAGUACGAAACCUUUCUAUUUGGUUCUGCCGAUAUAGCACCUUUUCAUUUGUACACAUAGAUUUGUAUUAAAAAAAUGCAACUUUUAAUUUAUCCAUUUUGAAUUUUGGCGGAAUUUUGACUAAAGCUCCUGGCGCUAUCUAUCGGUUUAGAAGUUUACCUAUUUUGGUGUUCGCCCGUGUUUUCGUGAACAUUCUCAAAUAUUCUUCAACAGCUUGCACGCAUCAUGUGUUGUGUGUGUACGUUGCGGUCAUUGCGUGUGUUAUAAAAGUGUUCGAAGCUAAACAACAUAAAAAGGAGAUUUCUUUAGAAUUUGGUUCAAGUAUAGUGACUUUAAACGAUUUUACCAGUAUUAUUUGUAUUCAUGAAAUUUUAAGGUUAUAUACUUUUGCGGCAUUCGUUUUCUUUAUUUUGGACAAGGGAAGUUUUCAAGAGUUUCGUAAUGUUGACAUGUGCUUGAGGAAGUUGAACACAUUUGCAUACAGUUUUUGGUAGAUCAUUGUAUUUAUUUCGUAUCAUUUAGUAUCAGAUUUUUAAUUGAUUAAUUCGAUGUAAUUGCGUGCAGUUUGUCAGAUCGUUUUAAAACGAAUUUUUCAAAUUAGUAAAGAGUAUACAUUCUGGAGAAAGUAAAUAAUGUAAAUUAUGGAGAUGUCAGAGGAAUCGGAAAAUCACGUUGAUGCUUUAAAACCUGCCGAAACGCCUCCGGAUUCGCCGAGGAAGCCGGUGAAAUCCACAGCUGUGGUAAAGUACUCUGCAGUUCAAACUCCAGCAACUUUUGCCCAGCUACAAUGCAAUACAGAUUUGAACCUUCCACCCAGCAAUUGGCUGAGCAGUUCAGCAGAGAGCUAUGGACUUCAGAACGACUGGUCGCCACAAAGCAGGAGUUUUUCCAGUUUCCGGAUGGCUCACAUGUUUCCAGACUGCGUCGGCGAAGUGGACGUCGUAUCCGAAGCAGAGAAUAUAAAAAAACUUUUAAAGAUGCCUUACACUCAGGGUGUUAUAUCCAUGGUGGUUCAUCGUGUCGAGAACACUUUGCUUCUAGACGACCUCGAUGUCCACAGAUACCUUUUGAGACAAGCUGAGAGCGACUGGGAGUGGCUGAAAAAGUUCGUCUGCGAGCAAGUUUUCCAAAAUUUUGGCGAGAAGGAGAAAAGACUUUCUCACAAGUCCAGCCGCACUACUAUACAACAAAAGAAUCUGGUUUCCAAGUUUUUAUACCACUCUCUAGUCUUUGGAGAUAACAAAGAACAAAAUGAGAAACCCACAUUGCCAGUUAAAACGCUAGAACCAAAAUUGCCUGAGCCUUCACGAGAGGAAAAACUGCCAGAUCCCAAUUGCAGUCAUAAUUUUGCGAGAAAUGUUCUUUGGACUUUUGAAAAUAUCCAGAUGUUGAUUGGAACUGACAUGCCGAUAUUUGGGGGUCCAACUCAUCCUUGCAUCAGUCUCAGACUCAGGGAUAUGACGAAGCCAAUUAGUGUUUUGACGGGAAUUGAUUAUUGGCUCGAUAAUCUUAUGAGCAAUGUUCCUGAAGUCGUGAUGUGUUAUCAUCUUGAUGGCAUUGUGCAGAAAUAUGAGUUGAUAAAAACUGAGGAUUUGCCGAAUUUGGAAGACUCGAAGUUCAGUCCCAAAGUCAUCAGAGAUGUUGCGCAGAAUAUCUUGAGUUUUUUGAAGAAUAAUGCUACCAAAGCUGGACAUACGUAUUGGUUGUUUAAAGGCAAAGAUGAUGACGUGGUGAAGCUUUACGAUUUGACAUCCCUCUGUAGUGAAGUGAACGAUGACAAGGGCCAAAGUCCCUUCACAGUUCCUGUUGCGAUGCUGCUUUAUCGAGUCGCCCGGAAUAUGAAGUAUUCUCUAGAUUAUUGCAUAAAACGGGGAACCAUCCGGAUGCUCUUGAAGAACUGCAUUCAGUUACUUGUGAAAGAAAAGUACCCGCAAAUUGUUACUUCAGCUCAUUACAUGUUGUCCGAUUUAUACGUUCCUGCCGGCACGACGCCUGCGAAUCCUAUUUUAAUGGAACAGACUGACGAAGAUGAAUCUCCGAACGAGAGUUGUUCAUCCCAGGAAAACUAUAAAGAUUCGGAAAAAAUGGAAGAGGAUGUCAGCGCUGCUAUCAAGUCUUUGACUUUGACGAGAAUUAGAGAGCAAUCAGAGUAUGCGCAAUUCAAGUACAAGCCUCCUCCGAUUAUUGGCACAAUAGAAGAAAGAUGUAGAGUCGCUUUGGAGCAUGUAGCUAGUGGUCUUGAAUGUUUGAAGUACUUUCCGAUUCAAGAAGACUCUCCAGAAAAGGAGGAAGUAGAUGAGAAGGAAGAGAUAUUAGAACCUGAAGAAGAUGUUCCGCAAAUGGCCAAGCCUUUCCAAGCCAUCCCGAUGCCUUAUACUCCUCUGAACAAACUGGCAGAAGCUGCUGGCAGCAGUCCAAGCUACAAGAAGAAGAACAAGCAGAAGAAGCAUAAAAAGUCGGAGAAGAGAGUUCCUAUAACUGACGAGGAAGCGCCGAAUGCUGUAGUCUGCAAGUCAGAGACCCUUCCGACCUGGCAGGCGCCGAAGAAGAGCGACAAUCUUAGCUGGAACGCUCAUCUGAAGACCUUGCUUUACGAAAAAGCUUCUUUGAUUCUCGGCGUGCUUGCUGAAAAUGAGUAUUCCCAUGGAAAUUAUGGAGCUGCUCUUCGCUACAUUUCCAUUGUGCUGCGCUGUCAGAAAAUCCUGGAUGUUUUCUGUGGAAUUAAUAACGAGCAGAUGAUGAGUUACUUUUUGGGAAGGGCUGGUGAUUGUGGUUUCAUGACUGUCCAGGAUUGGGGUAAAGUGGAGAAGCACAGGCAAGAUUAUGAAGCGAAGACUGAAACCAGUCCGUUUAUUGACGAAAUUUGCUCCAUGGAGGAACUCGAAAAUAGUGAUCUUGAACUUCUGCCACAAAGAUUUGAGAGUUUAGAAAGCACUUUGGUCGAUUCCUUGCGAUGCUAUGAAAAAGCGUUGGCUCUCCAACAACCGAGCGAGGAUCGAAACACACUUUUGAGAAGAGUUGGAAACAUUCAUAACGAGCUGGGAGUUUUGUAUAUGAAUCAAGCAAGUGCUCGUUACCAACCGAAAAUCGACGAUUCGAGUCCGUCUUCUUCAGAAGUCACAGCCCUUCUUGAACGUUCGCGAACGCAUCUGGAGGCUGGAGUAAAGUCCUUUGAAACUGUCCACGACGAGUCAAAUCUGGCACUUCUGUAUGCAAAUAUGGGUCGCUUAUUGCGAUUACGAGCCCAUAUGCACAUGAAGCAACCUCAAGAAGAGCGUCAGUUUUAUGAAAAAGCUCUCACGUGCUACCAAAAGGCCUUGCAAGUCCUGGGAGUGAGAAAAUGCAAUCCUACUAUCUGGGACAAUGUGACCUGGGAUUUUUCCACAACUUUGUACACGAUGGCAACUUAUCUUCAGGAUUAUCCUGUUGCCGGAAAUAAGAGUGAGGAAGAAUUGGAACGAGAAGUCGUCGAUAUUCUACAGAAGGCUUUGAAAUAUUGCGAAGUUGAAAUUCCUGGCCCUCGUCAACCUAUUUAUCAGUUUCGAGCUGCCACAAUACACCACAGAUUGGCCUCCUUGUAUCACAGAAUGUACAGGGAGCUGGAUCCGGAAAUCGAGGUCGCUAGAAGGAAAACGAGCCUCCAGUUGUGUAAACUGAAUUAUGAAAAAGCAUCUAAACUCUUUUUGUCCUUGGAACAAACGCUAGAGUAUCUGACAGUUCAAAUGGAACGAGUGGCAUUGGCUGAAUUUCAGGCUCAGGGAACAUCAAAUUUUAAGAGUAAAUUGAAAUCCUAUAAAACUGGACUCGAUAUGAUUCUACAAUCCCGUCCCGCUAUCGAUAUUAUCUGUGAGAAAAACAAGAAUGAUUCGAAAAUUAAUGAGGAUUUGAAAUUGAAUUCGUCCGAUUUUAAAAAUAAUGCUGAUGUUAAAGAAAAGGAAAAUGAACAAGUUAAAGAGGACAACAAAGCUAUUGCAGACGAAGAGACUUUGAUCAGUUUGCUUGAGAAGAGAUUGCAAUUUUUGUUGCGAUCGUUGAUUAAACUCCAUAUGAAUAAUAAGAGCACCGGAAACCACAAAAAAGAAUGUGAAGUCGCUGCUAAUUUAUACAAGCAGUGUUAUGGUCUGACUUUGAGAAAAGACUCGCCUUCUGGAAUAGAAUUGUUCAGACACAUUGCAGAAACUCUGCAUAAAAUCGAGGAGUUGUUAAAAUAACAUGUGGAAUCAUAUUCUCCAAAGUAAAAAAGUAAUUAUGUAUCUCAGAUUCUUCCCAGGAGGAAAAAGUACCAAGUUACGAAUGAAAACGAUUGUUGAGGCUAUAAAAAAUGGAGGAAGAUGGUUAAAAAGUCUGAGAUGUUCUUGACUGUGAUCCACGUGUUAUGUGAUACUUAACUCUUCUUAGUAUGUAAAUAAUUUUGUGACAUAUUAUUUAUAUACAGUUAAUUUAUGAUGCAAAAAUGAAGGUAAUCUUACCUCUGUUAUUUUCAAAAGUUAAUUUUAAUGAUGUGAGUAAUUGAAUAAGAAGACAAAUUUUAGCGCUAUUACGUUGUUUCAAAAACAAAUAUUAACCGUUUUUGUAUUUUAAG